AUGGAAGCAUGGCAGUUCAUGACUGGCACGAGACCCUGCCUCGGGGGGGACUUGUGGCAAGAAGUUGCUGGUCAAGCUAGCUUCGAGCAACCAGAGCAAGGCAGAGCCAUCGUCUUCAUCUUACACGACUGGUGGAGCUCCUGCAAUCUGGUGCAGGAUGUGGGUGUAGCGCCAGCCAUCCGAAUCCGACGACACCCUAGCUUCCUAAGCGCCGGUUGGCCGGCCGUGUCUGGCCCCGUCUGCAGCCCCGGCCUAUCAGAGCGGCCGGUCUGCAUCUUGACUGCACACCUCGCCGACAAUUGCCAUGCCCUUGUCCCUCCAUCUUGCUCUCUUGCUUCCAGCUGGACCUAUUAA